AUGCCCCCAAUGCACUGCACUACGCUGUGCUGGCUGGUGCAGUACUACCAGUGCGCCGACUGGCGCGCGGGGUGCGCGUCGCCGUGCGUGGCACGGGAGGCUCGAGAGGCGCGGCUGUCGGUCAACCCCACGGCGCGGUGGGCGCCGCAGAAGCUGCUGCCUCGAAAGGCUGCGGGCAUCGCGGCGGCAAAAGCGCCCGCCCUCUGCUUUGCUUUCGCCCGCGUUUUACGACAACUUUCGGUUUAUCAUAGCUGCCGAACUUUAGCUCGCUGUUUCUUUAUACAUUAUAGGCGUCUGCAAGCCGCGUAUUCUCGUAUUAUCGUCGAGUAA